AAACAUGUAGCUAGAAAGAUAUGAAAGGUCCUGCAAAACAUCCCCUGUAUAACUGAGCACAAAUAGUAGACACAAAAUUUAGUGCUGGUGAUCACCCGAAACAGUGCCAUUUUUAGACGUUAGCUAGCUCUGCUGACGUUUACAGAGGCUUCAAACAGCUUCCGUUUACACUGGUAGUGAUUGGACUGUCCUGCACUUACCCCGUGAGCUAACAUAUUGGGUGAACAAGUCCGACAAUCUACACUUCAAUGGAGGAACAGCCCAAAGAUCGGGCACAAGAAAGGCAACAUCACCACCACCACCGAGAAGACAAACACUCUAUUCAACAUACAACUUGUUUAAAACAUGAUCAGAGCCACUUCCAGCGCCAGCAUCAGGAAACGCAGACGAAGAAAACAGGUUGGGCCAUCCGGAAAAGCAAUAAAAAAGUAAACAUCAGUGAGGAGGAGGGUGAGAAGAAUCCACAUCUAUCUGAUACUGUUGGUAUGUCGCAUCACCCCAACAGCAAUGGUAACCGACACACAAGUAAUACAAAUGUGAAGCAGAAGUCCACACAAAAGCUGUACACGACUGUUCAAAAAGUGAGCAGCAAAAGCUUGGAGCAUAAAGAUAUGGAACUUAAACAUGACAAGGAGAAGGCUCUGGAUUUGAAUUAUUUUGAGGGCGCGCUUUUGGAUAAGAAAGACUCAAUGUUGCUUCAAAAUGGUGUUGUAAACUGUGGCUUAAUUACAAAUGGCUACUCCAGCAAGGACAAUGAUGGCAGCGGCUCCGAAGGUGGAUAUACUACGCCGAAGAAACGCAAGGCCAGAUGUAACAACGGCAAGAACACUGAUUAUGUGAUAAGAGAAAAGGAGAAAGACAUGCAGCAAGGCAACACUACACAAGAGCACGGUGCUUUUAUUCUUGACACAACUGAGAAGGGAGUGACUUCUAGACUUGAUGGCAUUAGAGUUGCCCAUAAAGUAGAUGCUCAGUCAGCAGCUAGACGGGCUGUUGUGUCAGAGGCUUCAGUGGGUGAAUCUCAGAGGAAAAACUCUGAUGGCAAAACAGUUGGCACUUUUGGUAAAAAGACUGAGGAAAGGCACAAAGCCAAGCUUUCCUCACCUUCAAAAGAAGACUCAUGGACUUUGUUCAAGCCCCCUCCUGUAUUUCCUGUGGACAAUAGCAGUGCAAAAAUUGUUCCCAAGAUCAGUUAUGCAAGUAAAGUAAAAGAGAACCUCAACAAAGUAGCUCAAGGUGGAGGAGAGGCACUGCCUCCUCCUGUUAGACUGUCACAGGUCCCUAUGUCUGCUAUGAAAACGAUCACCUCAGCUAGCUUUACUAAUGGCCCAGUUUCCGGAAACGGCAACAACUGCCCAUCAGUGGGUACCUUCUUUGCUCCUGCUAGUAGUAUUCAAACAGCCCCAUCUAUCCCAAGUGGCGAGAAUGUAGCAUCUCCUUUGGAAAGUAACUGUAGCUCUACAACCAGUCCAGUAGAUGACGCAUAUGAGCUUAGAAAGUGUACUCUUUUAAUUUACCCCUUAAAUAUGCAACCUGUGCUCCCUAGUGCUCGUCACCUUGACCCCCCGGCUGCUCAGACAAAUCAGAAAGCCUUGGGAGAUAUCUUCCAGAAUCAGUGGGGGCUUUCUUUCAUCAAUGAGCCCAACUUGGGACCAGAAGGAGGGGGUGGCCAAGUGCCCACAGAGGACAAGUCUACUGUGGUCACACCUCAAAGCGAGUGUCAGGCUGUUGCAGCCAAGGCGGCCCAGCCCUGCUUUGAUGUAAGCUCAUCAUUCUUAGAGCCUGGCACUUUGGCUCAAGACCAUGAGAAAAGGACUUGUGCCCCUUGCAAUGUCUCUAAAACAUGUUCUCCUGCUUGUUUGAUGAGUGAGGAGGAGAACAAGCUGCAACCAUGUGGCCAGGAAAAGACAAAAGUUGAGGCUAAGGGUGCAGGGUCUGCUGUGUUGGCCCCCAGUAAAGACAUCGGUGCUAAGCCUGCACAGGGCCAGGUAACCACUGUGCUGUUUGGCUCAUCUAAACAACAGGCCCACUCUAAAGACAUUGGCAGAAGGUGUAGCUGGUCCUUUGAUAUUAAAGCUGCUGUCACUUAUCACACUAAAGAAAUGGAAUUCAUUUUCAACUUGCAAAAACAAGAUCCAAAAAGAGUAGUGGUUUAUGAUGAGACCAAGGAUGGACCUGAUCAGUGAGGUCAGUGGGCUACAGUGCUUCUCUUCUGAGUGCUGCGAUGAUCUACCUUGGGAAUCAUAAAUCCUGUUGAACAGAUAAAGUGACAACUGUGAAAACAUUGAUAGUUUAGCAUGGCGGAUUUUCCUUGGAAUCUCCGGUGGAAAUACCGACUUCUUUCGGGGGCAUCAGACAAACACGCACACACUCUGGAGGGACGUUAAAGGAGUUGAUCUGUGCCUCUCCAACACGACAAAUGGAACUUUGGAGCUGUGGUAGUUGUUUGUCUCAUGGCUCUUUAAGGAUGAUGUUCAGGAGUUCAACAAAGGAAGGUGUUAUGGAUUGCACCUCCCUAAGCCUUUAUCCUGUUGAACUGCGGCAACCGUCAGUCUGACUAUGGGAUGCCUCAGUCAUUUUCUUUCUUCGCGUUCAAAUAAGUUCAUUGGAUAUGUUAGACGUUAUACAUACACAUCUGUGUGCAAGCUUGAAUUCAUCGUGGAAGAAAGGAGAACACUUUGCAAAGAAUGCCUUGGAAGUUAUGGAAUUAAGAUCAUUGAGAGUUAAACUGUAAGUUAAGUGGAAGCUCAUAGGUGAGGCGCCAUACAGGAAGGGAAAACCUUGUCUUAAGUCCUUUUAGGGAAUAUAAGAGCCCAGAAAUUAAAUACUUGUUUUUUUUCUUUCAUACUGUUUUGUCUGCCCUAACUUGAGUGUUAUCCACACUGCAGUUUGACCCCAGAGCACAGGUACAGAAGUGCCCAAUUUAAAGAAAAGCUAUGCCCCUUCAUUUUUAAUGUUUAUUUACAGUUGUACUCAAGAUUUUAAAAUCAGGUCUCAGUAAAAGGAAAAAGCUUUUCCUCUUAAAGCUUUUAAUACAUUGCAUGCAUAUUGUUAUAAGGUCAGUGCAGACUGUUCUUAAAUUCUGAUUCAUAUAAACCCUUUAGUAUAUGAAUGCUGAUUUUAGGAAUUAACUGAGUAAUGCAUUAAGAGGCAUUGCUACCAAUAAGGUCUUCUGCGAGUUGUGCUAUUUGUUCAGCAGUAAGACUCAGGAUGUCUGCAUUCAUUUCUAUGUAAAAACUGUUCAAUUCCUCUCUUCAAAGGAACAUGAGUUGCGUUUUACAACUGAGAUUUUUGUUUUGUUUUUCCUGACUCAGCAUUUGGUCUUUACUUUUCUGUCUUAUGUCAUUGUAUUUCUUGCAUGGUUUCUUGUGGAAAUGAAUGAGUUGUAAGUCACUGUUCAUUGCCAUACAAAGAUAACUGCAACACAACAACAAUUGCAAUACUAAUCUAGGUUCCCCUACUAGCCACUUUGUCAAACUGUGUUGAAAUGUGAAAAUGAGUUGUACUAUUAUGUUUUUAUUGUUAACAUUUUACAUUUGCAAACCAGUGUGCAAUAACACCGUGUGAUCCAUACAAUGUGUGAAAUGGGUUAUACGGAGCUACAAAAUCAUCACCCAAGAUGCUGGUUGGGUUUGUUCAAAAAUGUUCAAGGUGCGUUUUCAUUUUGUUGCACAAAUUCUUAAGUGGUCUUUGCUAAAGAGCUCACGUUGAAAGAUCUAAUUAAAUCUAGGAAGCCCAAAUUUGCUAACUGGCCAGCUGUGACUUAUCUUUCAUCAACAUCUCCAAAUCAGGAUUGGGUUAUUCAACAUAAUAAAAGGAACUGUCCAGGUUUCUUUUCUCUAGAAGAUAUGAUUUGGUUAAAUUGUGGAUUACUAGCACUUUAUGUAAACUAAUUGCUUUUAUCUUUUAAUUCCUAGAGAGAGAUAUAUGUGUAGUGACUGAGAAAUACUCCUUAACAGAAUGGCUCUGGGCUGUUACUUUUCAGAAAAAAAACAGUUAAGAAAUACAAAUUUAUUAUAUUUAACUCAGGUAGUGUUGAUAAAGCCAUGACUAUGUUAAGUAUUGUUUUUGCCAAAUGGCCCCUGUCAUGUUAUGUUCUCAAAUUGAAAUUGUUGAAUUGGAGUCCAACUAUAUUGUCUCAUAUGAUGUUAUGACAAAACACCAAAUAUUUUGAGGAAAACUGUCAUGGCAUGCAAGGUGCUGUCAUUGUCAUUUUGGGCUCUAAAAACUAUACGUGUUCCGGUUUAUUUACCCUUUAAAAAAACA